GCAGAAUCUCCUCACAUGCCUUUUGUGCGACAUAACUUGCAUACAAAACAUGUGAAAAAGAAGACCACAAUACGAGUACUCGUUCCUCUCGUCUAGGCUCGGGAUACGGUGGUUGCACCUAUCGACUCCACCGCUAGAGCUGACUGCAUUUCCGAAUUCUCACUGCCCGUUCCCAACCGUUCGUCAUGGCUGGGACAGCCGACUUGAUAUUGUCCCUUAUUUUGUGAUAUCAACCUGACGACUCCAGCUUUCUAUCGAAGAGGACGACUUUGUCUGCAAGAAACAAUCGCACCCAUUCGAGACGCACCCCUUUAUUGUUCAUGCUCCGCUCAGUCCUUCGGCACCUCCACAAAUCGAAUCGCCCAUCAUGGAAAUGCCACAAGUCUACCGUCCCAUACCCCGAAGAGCCUUUGAGAUCGCACCUGCCUCAACAGACUCAUCAAUGCCUCCCUCCCCAGCCAGCGAGGCUGUGAACAACGAGUUACUCGCUGGCCAAAAAUCCGAUUCGACGCCAAGCAGGACUCGUUCCAUCCUCAACCUUACAUCGUCUACAUUGCUGGGGAUAUAUUCACCUAUAUCGGAUGGGAACAAAGAAGAGCUAUCAACACCGUGGGGCACAGGAGCACAAACACCAAUUCAGGGACGAAGCGUUGAUGACUCUAUACCUCACGAACCUUCACUGACUUGGCCACGAGAUGCUACGAAGCCUCGGCUGAAACAGAAAAGAAAGGAUGUCAUACCCAUCCUCUUCCAGACAAUACUUCUCUUUGCGUUUGGGAUCGGCUACGGAUCGAUUGUCACACAUUUGCACAAGACGCAACGCAUCACACCGGUGCCGGUCCCUGAUGUCGAACGCAGUUCCUUGUGGUACCUGGUGUCUUGGGGAGUCUUUGGCAUAGUGCUGGGUAACGCAUUGCCUCUCGUGGACGCAUUCUGGGAGACGACUGUCUCCACCGCUAUGAAACGAGAUCAGGCCACUCAGAGCAGAAAAUCAGAUGCUGCUCCAAAAGCCACGCCGGAUGGCACGACGGCUUCAGACAGUGGUCUUGGUCCUAUGUGGUACUCUGCUGUGAGGAGUGUGGGAGUCUUUGUGGGCAUCGCUUUUGCGGUCCGACGACUUCCCUGGCAAUCAACAUUGCAAGUUGCAUUGACUUUGGCUCUGGCCAAUCCUGUUCUAUGGUAUCUGAUCGAUCGAUCUUUACCUGGCUUCGCCUUCUCAGCAGUGGUCAGCGUUGCUGGCACAUUGGCCCUACUACUGGUCGAUCCGGAUUUCGUCCCAGUUCCAGCUAUUCAUCAGCAGAUGGCGUCUGAACAAUUCGGUGUCUAUACUUGGCUGGCAAGCAUUCUUUUUUGCACAAGCAUCUGCUUCGGAGCUAUUGGCAGAAGACUGCAGUUGUGAAUAGGAAGGGCUGCAAAAGCCGCAACAGAAUUUUGUAGACUUUGAAAGGCUAGAAUGCCCGAUUGACUCCAUUCCAUUCAGGAUUUUCCAGAUAGGACUUGUAAAGGUUGUUGGGCCAUGAGGCAGCAGGUGCCUUUUUAGGGUUCUGGACAGCCUGAUGGACGACAGCGUCGCCCAGGAUUCUCUCAAUCUCUAGCCGUGGCAA